AGUAACUGCACAAAAACAAAAACCUGUUAAACAAGAAAGUAAAGAUGCAGUGGAUGAAGUUAGGACAUCUGACAAAUAUGGAGAAAUAUAUGUCCGGGGGGAAGAAAGUAAUGAAGAACAGACAGAACUUAAGAAAAAGGAGAGAUUCAUUAAACAAAUAGCAGUAUCUGUGUCGUCAUCUUCAAGUGAGGAAGGCAGUAAUGAUUUUGCAAAAUAUGUACUCCAGAGGAGAAAAAUGCACAAGGAUCGUUAUAAAGACACAGGAAAACAGAAGCAAAUAGAAGUAGUAGAAAAUGUGAAUGAUUUAGAAGAAAGAGAUACUGAGACAGAAGAAGAGCAGGAUACAAAUAAACAAAGAGAGAGUGCAGAAGAGACCAAUAUAAAAAGCCCAAGUGAAGAGGAAACAAAAGUGAAGAGGUUUGAUGAUAAACCUGAUGAGGCCCCACAGCGAGAUGCUAAGUAUAAAAAAUUUAAUCAGGCAGAGAAGAGUGAAGAAAGUGAAAUGGGAGUGAAAGAGGAUGAAAGUGAAAAGGAGAACCUGGAUGAAAAAAUUAAUAGUGAAGUAGAAUCUGGAGAGGAGGAAGAUGAAAACGAGGUUAGAAAAGAUGAUGAUGAUACUUCAAUAGUAAGAGAUGGAGAUGAAGAGGAGAAAGGUCAUGGAGAAGAAAGUGAAAAAGCUGCAUCACAGUAUGAAGUGGAAGGUGAUCAUGAGAGAAAGGCAAAGGCUGAAGAGAAUCAUCACAGAAGAGGCGCAGAAGAGAGAAGUCAAGAGGGUAAUUUUAAAGAGGAAGAAACAAUGAGCCAGGGAGAAGUGGAGAAGAAAGAUGAAGAGAUGGUAGAAGGAGGAAAGGAGGGUAAAUGUAAGGAGGAGCGGAGUGAAGACACAGAAAUGGGGGCUGAGAGUGAGGGUGGAGAGGAGGAUGAAGAGGAAGAGGAUGAAGACAAUGAAAGGGAGGAAGAGGGUGGUGAAGGGGAGGGAGAAGAGGAAGAAGAGGCAGAGGAGGAUGAAGAAGAGAGGGAAGUAGAAUGGGAAGAUGAGGAUGAAGAUGAGGGGGAGGAUGAAGAUGAGGGGGAGGAUGAAGAUGAGGGAGAGGAUGAAGAAGAACAACAGGGGGAGGAUGAGGGGGAAGAUGAAGAAGAAGAACAGGGGGAGGAUGAAGAAGAGGGAGAACAACAACAGGGGGAGGAUGAGGGGGAAGAUGAAGAAGAAGAACAGGGGGAGGAUGAAGAAGAAGAACAGGGGGAGGAUGAAGAAGAGGGGGAAGAAGAGGGGGAGGAUGAUGAAGAAGAAGAGGGCGAGGAUGAGGGGGAGGAGGAAAAUGAAGAAGAGAGGGAGGAUGAGGGGGAAGAAGGGGAGGAAGAAGAGAAUGUUGGAGAAAAAAGAAAAGAAAAUAAACAUCUGCAAAGGCAUAAUAAAAACAGAAAGCAGGAGAAGAAAGGAAGUGCUGUACAGAGCUCUAAACUGAAAGUAAAGACAAAACAACAUGUAGUGAAUGGAUUACACAAUUCAGAACAAUUUUGGAACAAUGUGCUACCUCAUUAUUUGACACUAAAAUAGUACAGAAUUCUGGAGAUUUACUUCAAACAGAUUCAUUCAGGAUAUUGCUGUGCCAUACCAAGUUUAUUUAGCUAUAAUCCUUUUUUUUUAAGUGAUUUUAAAAAAAUAAAUCAUACAAUAAAUGUAUUAUACUAACACCAAGUGCCAGUUUCCUAAACGGCUACAGAAAACAUUAAGAGUUUGGUGACUUUUAUCAGACCAAAUUAUCAGAUGUAAAUUCUGGUGAAAUCUUUCAUCUUUACUGUGUACAAUACUAUUAAAGUUGCAGAAAGUGAUUCCCUGGGAGACAAAGCAUUUGCUUGACACAAAUUUUGUCAUAAUUUUAGGAUGAUGGCACAAAUUAUGUGUUGUAACAAUGUAAUUUUAAUUGCCUUUUUAAUCAGAUUUCUGGAGCUGAAACAUUUAGUUUUGAUUAUGGGGUAACUAACAUGUUGAUGUGCCUUUAUAUGAAUGGAAUAUCAAUAAAUCAUAAAAAUUCAGUUUUGAGAACUAUAUCACCACUGUGUUCUUUUCCUCUUAAUUUCUACUAGGCCAAUGUAUUAAUUUGUUCUUAUAGACGAAUAGUUUGUUAGAAAAUGCCAGAUAAGUCUAAGAAAGGACAGUGUGCCAG